AUGACUGAAGAGGCAGAUGCGGAGAACUCUAAUGCACCAGAUGUCAACUUCUCCCUUCAAGACACAGCCCCAGGCCAUGUUCACCUGCGCUCAGCUCCAGAUGUGGAUCACAACCCUACACUCGGGAAAAUUCGUCGGUAUUUUGAACCUAACCCAGGCGCAGGCUGGGCACAGCACGAAGGGGAGACUGUGUUUGAAAGGUAUAGAAGAAGGCAACAUGAAGAGGGCGAAGUUCCAUGGGCACCUUUUGAUAAUGCAGAAGAGUGGAGUCUAGGCCAAUGGCUUGUCAAAAACCUUGGUCAAAGACAGACCAAUGAAUUUCUGAAACUACCUAUAACUGAAAAUCGCUCAAAGCUUCCUUUUCACAAUAAUCGGUCGUUCUUGCAAACAGUAGAUGAACUCCCACAUGGUCCUGCGUGGAGUUGUAAGAAGGUCACCGUGUGCGGGAAUCGUGAGAACGAGAAUGGCAAGUUGUUAGAAGAAGAGGUUGAGCUAUGGUGUCGAGAUCCAGUCGAAUGUGUGAAGGAGCUGAUCGGGAACCCUUCUUUCAAGGCGGAUAUGGCCUACACUGCGGCCAGAGCUUAUUCAGACCCCACAGGGGAGCAUAGAGUUAUUGAUGAGAUGUGGACAGCAGACUGGUGGGGCGAGAAACAGAAAGCUUUGCCCGAUGGUGCCACAAUAGCUCCCAUUAUUCUAGCGUCUGACAAGACAUUGUUAUCCCAAUUCCGAGGGGACAAGUCAGCAUGGCCGGUGUACAUGUCUAUAGGCAACAUUGCAAAAGCAAAAAGACAUCAGGCGUCCGCACGAGCAACUGUGCUCAUUGGGUACUUACCUGCGGGGAAGCUUGAUUGCUUUACACCGGAUGCACGCUCCCUGGCCGGAUAUAGACUAUUCCACCAUUGUAUGAGUCUGCUCCUCCAUCCUCUCAUCGCUGCCGGAAAUAAUGGUGUGGAUAUGGUCUGUGCAGACUCGUGGAUUCGGCGUGUCUAUCCGAUUCUGGCCGCGUACGUCACAGACUUUCCAGAGCAGUGUUUGGUGGCGUGCUGUAAGGAAAACCGUUGUCCGAAGUGCCUUGGACUGGACUCAGUGAUGCGUGAUCCUGAGUCCACGAAAAAUAUCUUGGAAAGGCGCAAGAAUGGUCAGCACCCACCGGAAUUCGAGGAGAAUGGGCUAUGUGCUGUUUACAAACCGUUCUGGGCCGACAUGCCUCACGCCGACAUUUUCAUGGCCUUCACUCCCGAUCUGUUGCACCAGAUGCAUAAAGGUGUCUUCAAAGAUCACCUAGUUAAGUGGUGUGUCGAUAUUAUCGGGGAGGAAGAGGUGGAUGCACGGUUCAAGGCGAUCUCAGAUUAUCCUGGACUUCGGCACUUCAAAAAAGGUAUUUCCGAGUCGACUGUCAAACAAUGGACGGGAAGUGAGCAUAAAGAAAUGCAGCGAGUGUUUGUAGGCUUACUCACUGGUGCAGUCCCUAGUCGGGUCUUGGUGGUAGCGCGUUCAAUUCUGGAUUUCUCGUAUUACGCCCAGCUGCAAAUUCACACGGUCGAGUCGCUCGAAGGCCUACAGACCGCCCUAGCAGGUUUUCACGCUAAUAAAGAUGUCCUAAAGGAACUCGCAAUACGUGAACAUUUCAACAUACCAAAACUACACCAACUCACCCAUUAUGUCCAGUCAAUCUCACUAUUUGGUGCAGCUGAUGGGUUUAACACAGAACUUCCUGAGCGUUUGCAUAUAGACUUUGCAAAGGAUGCUUACCGUGCUAGCAAUAAACGAGAUUACGAGGAACAAAUGGUUUUGUGGCUUCAACGCCAGGAAGCCGUCUUCUUACGUAGUGCAUACCUUGAUUGGCUAUCGCGAGAGCCUGGAGGUCGGACGGACUCAGACUCGCACUCAGAUUCGGAUUCGGACUCAGACUCGGACUCGAGCUCAGAAGAAGCAGAGGCAACACCUGCAGUGCAUCCACACCAAUCUGUUCAAAAGAUUGUGGGUGCACAUGGCGCGACUGAUUUUCUCCCGGCUCUCCAAUCUUUCCCUCACACGAAUCUCCCGCAGAACACCCUCAUACCAGGCGUUCAGGACCGUUUUGACCUUCAUGUUAGCGAGGCUCCAAUGCGCAGGCGCAUUAGAGCAUCACCAGAGAGACCUGCAUCAGGACGCAAGCCUGGUGGUCCUGCUCGAUUUGACAUGGCAUUGAUAAGGUCCACUGCAGGUUUGCGAGUGGGUCAAGUUCGCGCGAUAUCCUGUCUCCCUCGUCAGUUUGGCGAAUACUCAAGAGCCCUUGCUUACAUAGAGUGGUUCACACCUUUCAGAGCACCAGACCCUUCAUCCCGAAUGCGACAAGUAUCACGCUCGACCCGCCAAUUACGUCGCAAUGCGGCGGUGAUUCAUGUCGAUGAUAUUGUGCGGCCAUGCCAUCUAAUAUCGAAGAUGGGAGAGUCAGUGAAUCCGAGCUCUCACCGUGACUACGACGAUAUUGGCUUUUUCCUGAUGCAAGCAGGAAACAACAACUCAAAGCGGCGCGCGCUGGUAGAAGUGAUCAAGACGUCGAGGGUUUGGUAAAAGGGAUGAGGAAUUUGAGGACUUCCUCGAGAGGUCGGCCCCCAAACGCUAUCAGAAGAAGCCGGACGUGAAUCAGAGGAAUAGAGAUGGCAUAACAUCGAAGUGUAUUUGGUAUGUGAAGCGCAGUACAUAUACAUCAGCAAACUCUGGUAUUGUCCAUGCAACACUGUCUAGACUUCGGCGCUGGACCAGGACAGCUUACUCAGCUCCUAAUGGUGAUAUCACGGG